ACGCUGCCGUCAGCCCUGGACAACCACGGCAGGGUUCCCGGAUGUGCUUCCCCGACGGCCAUCUUGGGAAUCUAGCGGGUCGGAGGCAUCUGUGAGGAGGCUCGAAUCAAGUCAGCGAGGGGAAGAGUCUUAGACCUGGCCAGUCCUCAAGGAGAGGGCCCUGAGGAAGAACUGAGGGACCUCCCACCAUAGAAAGAAGAAACCCCGGCCUGCACCGCGCCGCCGUGUGACUGGUGCUCCAGGAACCAGGUGGUGACGAACUGGGUGUGAGGCACACAUCCUAAAGUCAGCACAGCAGAGGAGGCCCAGGCAGUGCCAGGAGUCAAGGUUCCCAGCAGACAAACUCCCUAGGAAGACAGGAGACCUAUGAGGCCCUAGAGCACCACAUUAAGAGAAGAAGAGCUGCCUGUUGGAUCUCAUCAUCCAUAUCCCUGUUGAUACGUUUACCUGCUGCUCCUGAAGAAGUCGUUAUGCCUCCCGUUCCAGGCGUUCCAUUCCGCAACGCUGACAACAACUCCCCGACCUCAGUUGAGUUAGAAGACUGGUUAGAUGCACAGGAUCCCACAGAUGAGGAAGAGGAGGAAACCUCCUCCAUUUCCUCUUCCACUUUCUACUUAGUAUUUUCUCCCUCUUCUUUCUCCCCGUCCUCUUCUCUGAUUCUUGGUGGUCCUGAGGAGGAGGAGGUGCCCUCUGGUUUGAUACCAAGUCUUGCCGAGAGCAUUCCCAGUAGUCCUCCACAGAGUCCUCCACAGGGUCCUCCACAGGGUCCUUCCCAGAGUCCUCUGAGCUCCGGCUGCUCUUCUUUUUCAUGGAGCUCGUUCAGUGAAGAGUCCAGCAGCCAGAAAGGGGAGGAUACAAGCACCUGUCAGGGCCUGCCAGACAGUGAGUCCUCUUUCACAUAUGCACUAGAUGAAAAGGUGGCAGAGUUAGUGGAAUUCCUGCUCCUCAGAUACGAAGCAGAGGAGCCUGUAACAGAGGCAGAGAUGCUGAUGAUUGUCAUCAAGUACAAAGAUUACUUUCCUGUGAUACUCAAGAGAGCCCGUGAGUUCAUGGAGCUUCUUUUUGGCCUUGCCCUGAUAGAAGUGGGCCCUGACCACUUCUGUGUGUUUGCAAACACAGUAGGCCUCACCGAUGAGGGUAGUGAUGAUGAGGGCAGGCCCGAGAACAGCCUCCUGAUUAUUAUUCUGAGUGUGAUCUUCAUAAAGGGCAACUGUGCCUCUGAGGAGGUCAUCUGGGAAGUGCUGAAUGCAGUAGGGGUAUAUGCUGGGAGGGAGCACUUCGUCUAUGGGGAGCCUAGGGAGCUCCUCACUAAAGUUUGGGUGCAGGGACAUUACCUGGAGUAUCGGGAGGUACCCCACAGUUCUCCUCCAUAUUAUGAAUUCCUGUGGGGUCCAAGAGCCCAUUCAGAAAGCAUCAAGAGGAAAGUACUAGAGUUUUUAGCCAAGCUGAACAACACUGUCCCUAGUUCCUUUCCAUCCUGGUACAAGGAUGCUUUGAAAGAUGUGGAAGAGAGAGUCCAGGCCAUAAUUGAUACCGCAGAUGAUGCCACUGUCAUGGCCAGUGAAAGCCUCAGUGUCAUGUCCAGCAACGUCUCCUUUUCUGAGUGAAGUCUAGGAUAGUUUCUUCCCUUUGUGUUUGAACAGGGCAGUUUAGGUUCUAGGUAGUGGAGGGCCAGGUGGGGCUCAAGGAACGUAGUGUUCUUUGCAUUUCUGUUCCAUACGGGUGAUGUAGAGAUUUACCUGUUUUUCAGUACUUUCUAAAUGCUUUUCCUUUGAAUAGCAGGUAGUUAGCUUCAGAGUGUUAACUUAUGAAUAUUAGUCGCACAUGUAUUGCUGUUUAUCUGGUUUAAGAGUAACAGUUUGAUAUUUUUUUUGUUAAAAAACUGGAAAUACCUUCUUCCUUAUUUUGUGAUAUGUAACAGGGUAGUGUGGUAUUGUAAUAGGCAUUUUUUUUUUUUUUUACAAUGUGCAGUAACUCAGCAGUUAAAUAGUGGAACAAAAUUGAAGGGCGGUCAGUAGUUUCAUUUCCUUGUCCUGCUUAUUCUUUUGUUCUUGAAAAUUAAAGAUAUAUGCUUGGCUUUGCUUAGCUUGUUGAAGAAAGUAGCAGAAAUUAAAUCUUAAUAAAAGAAA